AUUCUCUCUCUCUCUCUCUCUCUCUCUCUCUCCCCUUUCCACUGUAUAAAAACACACCAUUUUCACUCCUCACAUCGUUUCUUCCGCUAAUCCUUUCCUCAUCACAUCACACACACACUUUCAUGCAAUGGAAAGUUUAGCCCUCCACUCUCUCUCUCUCUCCUCCAAACCCACCCUCUUUUCUCUCUCCACCACCAACAAAACCCCCUUCUUCCUCCGCACCACCACCACAACCACCCUCCACCUCCGUCGUCCUCACCUUUCUCUCUCCUCUUCCCCAAAACCCCUCCACUCUCUCUCCUCCCUCAAACCCCUCAACGCCGCCGCAUCCUCCUCCUCCUCAACCACCACCACCACCACCACCACCACAAAACAACCACCUUCAACCACCGGCGCAAAACUCAUCCCUUUAAUCCUCUCCAUCUCAAUCGGUCUCAUCCUCCGCUUCAUAGUACCUCGUCCAGUCGAAUUAACUCUCCAAGCAUGGCAACUCCUCGCCAUUUUCCUCUCCACUGUUGCUGGCCUUGUCCUUAACCCUCUACCUGUUGGUGCGUGGGCUUUUCUUGGUGUUACUGCUUCUGUUGUUACUAAAACUCUCCCUUUUCCUACUGCUUUUUGUGCUUUUACCAAUGAAGUUAUUUGGUUGAUUGUUAUUUCCUUCUUUUUUGCUCGUGGGUUUGUUAAGACUGGUCUUGGUGAUCGUAUUGCUACUUAUUUUGUUAAGUGGUUAGGAAAGAGUACUUUGGGGUUGUCUUAUGGUCUUACUAUUUCUGAAGCUCUUGUUGCUCCUGCUAUGCCUUCUACUACUGCUAGAGCUGGUGGUAUUUUCUUGCCUAUUAUUAAAUCGCUUUCGAUUUCGUCUGGGAGCUUGCCUGGUGGGGAAUCAAGGAAGAAGCUUGGGUCUUACCUUAUUAUGAAUCAGUUUCAGUGUGCCGGUAACUCUAGUGCUCUUUUCCUGACUGCUGCAGCUCAAAAUCUGUUGUGCCUGAAAUUAGCUGAAGAACUUGGUGUAAAGAUUGCAUCUCCGUGGGUUUUUUGGCUGAAGACUGCUAGUGUACCAGCCUUUGUUGCACUCUUACUUACUCCACUUAUCCUGUACAAGCUUUAUCCCCCUGAACUUAAAGACACUCCUGAAGCCCCUGCUUUAGCUGCUGAGAAGCUGAAAAAUAUGGGGCCUGUCACAAGAAAUGAAUGGGUGAUGGUUGGUACAAUGCUUCUUGCAGUCUCACUCUGGGUAUUCGGAGAACGAAUUGGCGUUUCAAGUGUCGUUGCUGCUAUGCUCGGUCUAUCAUUGCUCCUCUUGUUGGGAGUACUGGAUUGGAAUGAUUGUUUGAAUGAAAAGUCAGCAUGGGAUACUCUUGCCUGGUUCGCUGUGCUUGUGGGUAUGGCCAGCCAAUUGACCAACCUCGGCAUUGUAUCCUGGAUGUCCGGCUGUGUUGCCAACGGCCUAAAAUCAAUGAAUUUGAGCUGGCCGGCUGCGUUUGGUAUUCUUCAGGCAGCUUACUUUUUUGUCCAUUAUCUAUUUGCUAGCCAGACUGGCCAUGUUGGGGCUUUGUACUCUGCCUUCUUAGCCAUGAAUAUAGCAUCUGGAGUUCCCGGUGUUUUAGCAGCAUUGGCCUUAGCUUACAAUACCAACUUAUUUGGAGCACUUACACAUUAUAGCAGUGGUCAAGCAGCUGUAUACUAUGGAGCUGGUUACGUGGACCUUCCUGAUGUAUUUAAAUUCGGUUUCCUUAUGGCUCUCAUCAAUGCUGCAAUCUGGACUGUCGUAGGUGGAUGUUGGUGGAAGAUAUUGGGUCUCUACUGACGAAGUAGUUUUUGUUAAAGGGGUUUAUUUUCUUUUCCACCAUUGUUGUAUAAUGCCCAUUUCACAGGUUGCAGAUGAUAACAUCUGCUGGAAAUACCAGCCACAUUCUUUUUGAGUCUAGUUAGUGAUGGAAUAUAGUUCCUUUGUGGAGGUUUGAGAAAAGACGAAGCACUCCCAUUAUACGAUCAAUUCUGAAAUUUUGUUGGUUUGGCAGUUGUAAGCAAUAUUAUUCUGCCUAUUCUAUA